AUGAAAUUCAAUGAUACCCUUCAGUUUAACAAUUUAGAAGACAUCGUAAAAGCCGGUUUUGUUUUACCGAUUUCAAUAUUGGCAAACAUUCGUAAUUUUUGCUUCUUCUUACACCGAAAUGAGUUCUUCGAUUCCUUAGCUUUAUUGGAAGAUGAUAUUUUUCAACCACUUGAUUCUGAUGAAAUUUUUAUGGCUAACCGGAUGAUAAAACAAUACUCUCUUUUUAAAACUGUUUUGUAUUCAUCAUCUAUUUUACCUUCUUUUGGGUGUCCCAUAAGUAGAAUCCUCUUUGGAAUCGAUUCAGCUGAGAAGGCAAAUAUGGCCAAAUCAAGAAAAAAAAAACUAACUGCUGUCAAUCCAGGCAUGGUUGAAAAGAGCAAAGUAGAGGAGUUUUCCAGUGAAUACUACAAAGCUAAAAGGUUCAGCAGAGAAGGCAAAUAUGGCCAAAUCAAAAAGAAAAAAACUGCUGUCAAUCCAGGCAUGGUUGAAAAUAGCAAAGUAGAGGAGAGUCGGGAUGAAUUUAAUGAAAAAGUUUUAAUAAUUUUAUUAUUCAUAGGUAAUAAAUUUCUUAAAUGUAGUAAGUGUAACAUAUUAUUAUUAUUAUUAUUAUUAUUAUUGUGUUUUAGCGUUCAGUUAUUGAGACACAGAAGCGAAAUUAAAAAAUGUGGACAACUUCAUGGAUAUCGAUGGAUGUACUUAAAAUGUCUCCAAAAAAAUCUUGUAGUCACCCAAGAUAUCGACAGAGAACUGCUUGGAUUGUUAGAUCCGGAAGGUGUGGAAAUUAGAAAACGAUUAAGACGUCGACAAUAUCACAAUAAAGGUCCAAACUAUUUAUGGCACAUUGAUUCAUACGAUAAACUAAAACCAUAUGGAAUUUGUAUUAAUGGUUGCAUUGACGGAUUUUCUAGACAUAUAAUUUGGCUUCGAGCGGGACCUACAGCUAGUGAUCCAAAGGAGGACCUCAACGAAGUUGUUAUGGAGUGGAAUGUGCAUAAAAUAAGUAAAUCUAGAAAUAGUAUAGCACCUACUGGAAGACCUGCAAUAAUGUUCGACAUAUCGUCUCUUUAUGGAGCAAAGAACUAUUGUGUUGAAAUUACAAAUUUUUCUGUUGAUUCCCUUUUCGAUCACUGCACAUUCAACGAAUAUCCAUGUGACAAAGACAUAUUAUUUGUGCAGAAUUUUAAUUUCAGAAAACAGAUACCCACCAGUGAAAGAUCAUAAUUCAGCAUUAUAUUUAUACAUACAAUUAAGAAAUUUAAUUUUAUUAUUAAUUAAUUGACUUGUUACUUUGUAUCGA